AUGAAGUUCGCCGCCGUCAUUGCCUCCCUCUCGCUCCUCUUUGCCCCAACCAUCCUCGCGCAGACGUCUGUGUCUGUCUCAUACGAUACGACCUACGAUAAUUCGGCGGAGCCUCUUAGCAACCUGGCCUGCUCUGACGGAGCGAACGGCUUGGAACACUACGGUUACACCACCCUUGGCUCGCUCCCCGACUUCCCCUACGUCGGCGGAUCACACGUCGUGACGGGAUGGGACUCGACCGGAUGCGGGACGUGUUGGGAGCUGACGUACGAUGGGACGACUAUCACAGUUCUCGCGGUCGAUACCGCGCCCGAAGGGUUCAACCUGUCGGAGGAGGCCAUGAAUGCGCUGACAAACGGCCAGGCGGUGGCAAUCGGUAGGUUGACUGCUACGGCAGUGCAGGUCAACUCGUCCCAGUGUGGGCUCUCGGGCUAG